AUGAACAACGGUUCCAACCAGCAGCAGGGAGGUGCCACGGCAAUUCUGAACCUGUGCCGACGCAUCAACGAGGAUCUGCAGGGCAUCCGCCAGAAGCGCGAGGGACAGUUGGUCGCGUUACAGAAUGCGCUGCUAGACUCCAGCACCGGCAAGGAAGACCAGGAGAUCCGCCAGAACCUCGACUACAUGGAGCAGGAGAUCAAGAAUGGGUUCGAGGCUUUGCGCGAGAAGCUCAAGAAGGCCAAGCAGACGCCCGGCUCUGGUGACUCGCGCGUGCAGACUCAGAUUGACCUCGCGAGCCGCAAUAUCCAGCAGGAGAUUGAGCAGUACCGCAAGGCGCAGGUGGACUUCAAGGCCCGCCUCAAGGACCAGGUGCAGAGGCGGUACGAGAUUGCCAACCCGGAGGCCAGCCCAGAGGAAGUGCGCCAGGGUGUGGAGAUGGUAUUAAUGGGCCAAGAGCAGAGCUUCCAGGUCUCUGGCAACCGCACCCGACAGGCGAAUGAUGCGAAGAAGGCUGCUAUGGAGCGCUCAUUGGCAAUCCGCAAGAUCGAACAGGACAUGGAGGAACUGGUCAAUCUCUCCAAGGAGAUUGGUCAGCUGGUUCUACAGCAGGAGACUGCGGUCGAGCAGAUCAACGAAGACGCCGGCAACGUCGCCACAAAUGUGCAGAUCGCCAACAAGCAGCUGGACAGCGCCAUCGUCAGCGCACGGAACGCCCGAAAGUGGAAGUGGUACGCACUGGGUAUCAUCGUCCUCAUCAUCAUUAUCAUCAUCAUUAUCGUCGUUGUUGUCAAGGAGGUCGAGAAAUGA